AUGGAGAGAAUACCCCAGCCCGACCUCAAAUCUCUCACCUCCUCCCUCCUCAGCGCCCUCCCCUCCUCCUCCCCUCCCUCCCAAGCCUUCCUCUCCCAACUCGCGCCCCGGCUACGUGCUCGCCUCGAACACGCCCACAACAACAACUCCUCCUAUCUCCAACAACUCUCCCUCUCCCACCCCCUCCUCGCCUCCUCCAUCGCCCGCGCCCUCUCCGACCCCGCCCUCCACUUCUCCUCCGCAUCUGGCUUCAAACGCAUCUCCCCAGACUCCAUCCUCGCAUCCGCCAUCCUCUCCGCUCCCGACUCCGACACCGACCUCGAGCUCGUCUGGACAUACAUCGACACCCCCGGCCACCGCGGCUGGAAGCUCUCCGACGUCAGACCCGCCGACGCGGACCUCGUCGACGAUGGCGCGUACUGGCGGCCAUGGACUGCCUCCGUCGCCGAGGCCGAGGCAGUCUGGAGCGCGUACCAAGCCGAGCGCGCGGAGACGCUGCGGAUAAAGAACCUGCUGAUCCAGCUGCGCGCCGAGGCACUCGCUGCUCUGGAUCCGCCCAAGGCGGAGUACAGCCAGCAGCAGCAGUUUGUCGAAAGCGCGUGGUCGUCGUCAAAGGAGGCAGCUUACUCGGAAGAAGACACGGACGUGACGGAAGACAGCGACGACGAGGGCUCGUACUGGAGCCGGUACACUGUCGCGCCGUCGAAAGAGCUCAUGCGGUCGCUGCAUACCAUCCGACGGAUCACGCUCGAGGAUCAGGAGGAGGACUAUACUUUUUCUUCCGCGUUCUCGACCGAGCAGUCUGUGGGUGAGGUGUGCAUAGACGCAGAGGAGAAGUUUUUGUAUAAGAAACCGUCGUUUUUGAAGCUGUUACCUGAUCGCGAGGAUCUCAAACUCUGUGCAUAG